ACCCCUGCGCUUGCCGGAUCAGCUGAUGCAGAAGAACAGCACAAUAACAACAACACAGCUGUGGAAGGGGCAAGGUGAUCGGCUCAAAAACAUAGAGGGUAGAAACUUUUAUUCCCUGGACAGGUACCCGCCCAGGAGAGCUCAGCCGGGGUUCCCGUUUGGCUUUUUCUCAGUCUUCCUGGAUUGAAUGCCUGACAAUGACAAAGUGGAUGCAGCCGGAAGCGAUCGGACGGAUCAAUAUUGUGGUGUAAACUCUACUUGAAUGUCCAGAUCACUUUUUUUUUUAUCCUUGUAUACAAUACUAUAAAUAUUAACCAUUUCUGUUAAAUAUAUGGUACUGUAUGGUUGCAGGAAUACUUUUCGCAUAAGUUUUUGGAGACAGGAAAUAAACCAAAAUGACUGAGAUAAAUUAACAAAGAAGCACCCUAAAUCUGAGCGAAGAACAAGCUCAUGUUCAUUAUGUAUUUUGUACAGUUUACUAGCGGUCUAAAUAUGGAGACAUAGUGAACCAGCACUAAGUAAAGCCAGGGGAGCUAACCUUAACAAUAUGAUUAUAAAGCAACACGAAAACUACUCUGCAAGUCGGACUGGUUUGAUCUCUCUGCAUGCUUGUGCAUUAACCUGUUCUGAACCGCUUCAGCAAAAGCAGCGAAUUGUGCAUCAGAAUUAAAAUGAUAUUUUCUGCUUAUACAAAUCGUAUUUCAUAACGCAGAGGCCGAUUUAGGCAAACGUAAACUGGUUUAGCAGAUUGAAAGACACUUUGUAGUAAUAUAUUAUGUGAGCGCUGGGAAUAAGAAACACACGAAUUAAUGUUAGUGAUACUAUUAAUAUUCGAAUCCCAAAAUGACCCGAGUUCCAUGGACUGGGAAAGUGAAACUAAUUUGCAGGCACUUGCACUGCUAAAUGAAGAAACAUUAAUCGCGUUUUGAACUUGCAAUACUUGACAUUAUAGGACCUGCGAGAAAUGUAAUCAUUGUUUUUGAGGGUUUUUUUCAGUCGGGAGGCAUUUGCAGUUAGCUGAUUUGCCAUUUGCUUUUGUAUUUUUAUAACCGCAGUCACAAUUUGCUACGAUGUUUUAAAAGAAAUUGUGCUUCAUUUAUUUUAAAUUAUGCAAUCAGAUAUUCUGUGAUAAAAGUUAAAUGUAUCUCUUAACCACAGCUUGGUCUGCUUUUAUUUGUUCUAUGCGUUGUAACGCAUCACGGGAAGGAGGUGUUUCCUAAUUCAUACUUUUAAAAUACGCUUUAUUUUUUUGAUACCUCAAAGUUGUGUAUACUGUACAGAUACAGAGAUGUCCAACAGUUAUUGCAGCCCACGAGCCGACUUUUAACAAACACAGAACAACAGAGACAGCUUUGCCUUAUUAAAAAGAACCGCUGACGGGCCAUGUCACAACAGCUUGUAUCGGGGCAGACCUCGGAGGAUCUUUUGGCUGAUUUUGAAUCAAUUUUAGAAGCCGGGGGUAUCGAGUUAGACCAGCAACAGAUCGUGAUCAUUUCGACACCCGGAAAUGUGGAUUUGCACCCCGCAACCUCCGGUACGGGCGGUGAAAUGUUGCUGUUCGCCACUCCACAGGGCCCAAGACCUGGGGAUGGAGGAAGGAGACCCACCUUGGGGAGGCCGCCGGUAAAAAGGAAGCUGGACCUGGAGACUGACCACCAAUACGUGGCAGAAACCAAGCAUAUUCCGCGAGGCAGGGGCCGGGUAGGAGAGCCAGGAUUGAAGUCCCCCGGUGAGAAGUCCCGCUAUGACACCUCCCUGAACCUGACCACCAAGCGCUUCCUGGAGCUGCUGGCCCAGUCCCCCGACGGCGUGGUCGACCUUAACCUGGCUUCUCAGGUGCUGGAGGUGCAGAAGAGGCGAAUCUACGACAUCACCAAUGUGCUGGAGGGGAUCCAGCUCAUCACCAAGAAAUCCAAGAACAACAUUCAGUGGCUGGGCAGCCGUCUGGAUGGGGUGUCUGGUGCCCGGUGCCAGGCGCUGGUGAAGGAGGUGAGUGAUCUGGGAGAGACAGAGCAGAGACUGGACGAGCUCAUCACAAAGUGUAACCUGCAGCUGAAACUGCUGACGGAGGACCCUCAGAACAAAAAGUUGGCGUACGUGAUGUGCCAGGACCUGAGGAACACAGUCGACCCCCCGGACCAGCUGCUGAUGGUGGUGAAGGCCCCUCCUGGAACACAGAUGCAGGUCUCGGACCCCAGUGAGGGGAUGCAGAUUUCUUUGAAAAGCCCCCAAGGCCCCAUUGAUGUGUUCCUGUGCCCAGAGGAUGGGGUAGGAGUCUGCAGUCCUGUGACUGGCAACAGCCCUUCCAAAGCAGCCAAUCAGGAUCCACUACUGCAUGCCGUAACCCCAGUAACCACCACAGAAUCCCCGCCCUGCAGAUCCUCCCAGGAAGUGUCAUUGGCUCCCCUGUUAAUUGCAAGCGGACAAGAGCCUCUGCUGACAGACGCUUUAUCUCCAUUGAGGGGGCUACCUGACUUUGGUAACCUCUCGCCUCUGAUGUCUUCCAGUUACCAGCUGGAUAGGAACUCUGAGGAUUUCUCCCUUCCAUUGGAUUCCUUUAUCAACCUUUCCCCGCCCCAAAAUCAUGACUACCAUUUUGGAUUGGGGGAGGGGGAGGGUGUGAGUGAACUGUUUGACUGUGACUUUGGAGACUUGACCCCGUUGGAUUUUUGAAAGAUGUACAGAAUGGGGAGGGGGAGGGGUAAUGUAAUGAUGCUUCUCUUGCUGUCGUUUGUUUCUUGCUUAUCACUUCAUAGUCAUGGCGGUCCCCAGCUCUCUUCUACUUGGUACACCAUUUGUCUGAUUGGAUGCUGAAUAAAUAGACUAGUCCCUUGUUGAGUAGCUUGAAACUGGGCCAAUCACAGACUCCGACGUUGUAAUGAUCCAUGCCUUUUUCACAAAGUGGUGGUGCCUUCCACAAGAGUGAUCUAUCCUGGCACUCAAACUCUUGCUGAAUAUUUCUGAGGCUGGUUUCCAACACUGCCAAAAUAGUCCGGUGGUUUUGUCUGCAAGUUCUUUGCAAAACCAAUUUCCAUUCUUCUAAUAAACUGCCAUUUUGUUUGAUUAGCAAGCAAUCAGUUCAGAUGCACCUGAACCGAUUUCAGUCACUUCACAAUUAAACGUGAAGUCAAACUUUAAUGUUAAAGAUUAUGUUGAUUCAAAUAUCAUUUUUAUGUAUCUUUUUUCACAUUUGAUGGUGUUUGAAGUUUCUAAUUGAUACUGGUUUCACUUGCUCUAAUGUUGAGUAAUUAUCAUUUUCCACACUUGAGCUUGUCUGGAGAGUUCUAAGUAGUGUGACUCAGCAGCUUUCCUCAUUCCAUUUAAAUCACGUGACCAUGCAACCUUUCCACUGUACCAACCACACCCACUGCCUAUAUCUACAUGUAGAGCAGGUGGGGCUGGCAGAGUCAAUGUUACAUGAUUUGAAUACAAUGAGGAAGGCUGGCAUUUAGGAUUCUCCAGACCAGGUAAAAGCAGAUUUAGAGAAAACAUAGAACUUAAUAAUGGAGCAACAGAACCUAGAAACAGUCAGAAUUAUUUCAGACCCUGCUAACAAUAACAUCUCAAGCUGCAUGCUCUUCACUGUGACCAAGGCAAUGUUAGGAUGUCAUUAAAGGAGCUGUGUUUUGGCAGUACUAUGUUUGGAAGGCAAAUAACUCCCCUUUUAACUACAGUCCAAGCUCAUUCCAAAAAGACACAAUGUACUGUCUUGUAGUAAUUGUAACUGAAAUCCUGUUGCACCUUGUCUUUUUAGAGAGUGCUGAAGAUCAUGAAGUCUAUCUUAAUUAUAUAAAACAGAGCCACCUUCUAAAACUUUGAAUCCUGCUCUAUCUCAGCCUCCAGCAUGUUUCUAAGAGCUCAGACCCCUGUGCGGGGGGGAAACUGCAGCAGGAUUAAUAGUUACAGGACUAUAGCAUUCAGAUCACUAAAUGGAUUGCGAAUGCAAAGCUAUAAACUGAAACUGGAAAGCAUAGUAAGUGGUCACUUAAAGGGACCUUGUUUCUAAGAAGAAAGAACAAAAGACCUAGGAAUAGCUUUUAUAUAUUUAUUUUGUAAUAGUUUAGUUUCUCUGCCAAGAUUCAACUUUUUUAGUUUUUAAUUGGUAGGACUUCAUUUAAAUCUUAUGCACAGAGGUUUUUAUAAGGCACUUUUUUUGUACUGUGUGAUAUCAGUUUGUUUUUGAAUUUGUUGGUUUAUAUUGUUUUAAUUAUUUAAUCUUGGGCAUAUUGAUCUGGUGAUAGAGUUGCUUAUUGAACGAAUAACUUAAGGCUGUUGUGUCCUUAAAUACAGCAAUGUUUAUAUUUUCCUAUGGAGUUUUUCUUUUGUUGUUUGACAGAGCCAUGGGAUAAAGCUCCCAUCUAACGAAGGCAAAGAUUAUCAGUUUAUUACUUUUGUAAAAUUAAGUGGUAAGAUUCAUGUUAUGCAUUUGUGGAAGUCAGAUUUUUACAAUCCAAAAAAAAAAAAAAAAAAAUUGAAAGUUUUAAAUAAAAAUACAGUUGUGUAUGAAUGGAUUUAAAGACCACAUGUUUAAAGGAGAAAGUAAUUAAACUUCAGUGCCUGGAUGUAAAAGAGGAAGCUAGCUAGCUUGGUCGUUGGAUCGGAGGACAACCAGUGAAUCUGAUCUCCUGAGCUGUUUGGGGAAUUGUAAGGAGAUAUUCCAAAUUGGGGAGAAAAUCAGGGGUAAAAUUAUUGGGCACACUAGAUAAAUAAAAAUAAAAAAAGUGCUGGUAGUAAUUUUAUGUUCUUAUUUUCAGCUGUGUGGCUAUAUCAACUAAAUUGUGUAAUCUUUUCACUAAAUAGACAGAAACUUUCACCCAUCUAGCCUGUGUUACAUAUGUCUAUUGCGAGCAACUAGAACUGGAGCAUCUCCCAAACUCCAGUCAAAGCACCUUCACACAGUCUUCUAAAAAGAUUUGAGUAAUAUUAAUAUGAAACAGUCUGAAUCAUUGCUCACACAAAACUCAACGAGGGCUACCUCCGUUCCAGUCAGCCCAAUCGCCCUGUGGACUGGCAUGGAACUGGAUCCUCUUGGAAACACCGUGUAUUUUCUAAGUAAACUUGAUCAGUGAUGUCAUGGGAAAAUCAUGCUGAACUGUGCUUUUGGUCUCGUAGAGAUUUCUAAUGCAGACACUUCCUGCUCCGUUGUGGUUUGCAGUCCUGAUCUAAAAGGCUCUUAUGAAAGCGAGUUAAGAAUUUAUUCUAAUUUAAGGUUCAGAAGGAACACAACCAGCAAGUUGGACCAGCCCACUGUUGACCAACAGUGUGCUCUUGAAAAGCUGUAAGUUGGACAAGAUUUCAAGUUAAUAAUUUUGUAGUGUGCCGUUAAUUUGGA